CUGAGACUCAUCAACCAACAUCACAACCAGCUGCUGACCGACCUGACAUCAAGCAGACUUUCCCUCGAGUCUCCAGUUCUCCAGCUUCAGUGAUGGCGUCUCCUGUUGGCCUCACAUUCCUGCUGUUGGUGUCGCCUGCCGUCCUCAUCUCCACAGCGAUCAGCCCUGCGUCUGCCGGACAGAACCAGCUGCAGAAAAGGUCUCCAGAGGACUUAAAGAAAAUCAAAGAAGGGUUUACUGCACUGGGCAAGUUUGCUCUUAGCAGAAUCGACACUAUUACUUCAGUAGUCUGCCCUUUUCUGGAAAUCAUUGAAGUUUAUGGGCCACUGAUAAGUGGCCUUGUCAAAUUUACAGCAGCAGAAAUAAAAGGAUACAGUGAUAUGGACCUUCUCAUGGGUGAAUUUGAAAAACUUAAUGCUAAGCUUGACCAAUAUCAUGCAGAGCAGAAGUGGAACAGCUGGGCAAGUGGUGUCUACCACAAGCCAGAGCUGGAUAUUGACGUAGCGUGGAAAACUUACACAACUCUGUUGAAGAGUCUUAGGGAGGCCAAAGAUGAUGAAGAAAUGGAGAGACUUAAGAAGGAAUUUGAGAAAGCCUAUAAAAAGUAUGAGUCUGCCACUAAGACAUUACACAGUUUGCUGAUUAAGAAAGGAGUGAGCUUCACACAUCCUCUCGGAGAUUUACUGGCUGAACAUGUUAACUGUCAUGAAAAGAAUAUCAGAGAAUACACCGUGUUGAUUUAUAAACUCAUCUACAAAGCCAAUACGAUGAAUGAAUUCUACUACAAACUCAAGAACACAGAGUCUGAUGCUAAGGCUGAGGAGAUGGCUAAAAUUGCAUAUGACGCAGCGUCAGUGAUGUUCCAAGUCCACAUGCAGUGCAUUAAAAAAAGCAUGGACUACGUUAAAAAGGAUAUUACAAAACUCAUUGACCAAAAGAAAGCUCGUUCAGAACUAGCAAAAGAAGUCUGGUCAUUCCUGGUGAAGGCGUAUGACAGGUACGACUGGAUGGUUGUUGCCUUCAUAAGCAAGAAAUCUCAACAUCAAAAAGUUAAGUUUCUGAACAGUCACGUCUUGUCAGGAUUUACUCCGGUGGAAGAAGGCAUCGUUACUGUGGCUGUAGCCAGACAGGUGAAAGGGACUCAUGAUAAGGCAGCUUUAGUCAAACAAGCCAUUGGUAGAUGUAUUAACGAGGAUGUCCUGUGUUACAAAGUAGCAAAGAAACUCACUGAAUGUAAUGAACUUGUGGAAGGUAAGCCAGUAUCUCAGACUUACACAGCAGUGCACGCCUAUUUAAGAGACGCUCACGACAGCCAGGAUGCACAGAAAGAACAAGAGGAAGACUAUGAUGCCAACGCUGCUCCCGAAGAAAGUCCAGAUAAGUACAUUUAUAGAGGGAAGUGUAAGAAGUUUCCACUUCUGAAAGGAAAGUUUGUAGUUUUGAUUAAAAGUGAUGAAGAAAUCAUGACAAAAGAUCCCUGCUCCAAGCUGGACUGUGGUGAGAAAGAAAAGAGAGGCAGCUGUGUUGGUAUGAAAGACAUGUUCCUGGCUGUGUGCGAGUGUAAUAAGCCAUACUAUGGCCAGAAUUGUGAGGAGAGCUUAGAUGACUACAAGAAGAACUUAAUGGCAAAGACAGCAGUGUUAGACAGAAAGCAUCGUUUGGUUGGUUCUGGCUAAAG